AUGGCAGAACGGAACUCCCGGCGAAGACGAAGACGCCGGCUUUCCCCCUCCACCUUCCUUCUGCACAUCCCCGGGGAAUUCGACUGCGACGUCAGCGGCCCUUUGAGUCCUCUGCGGGCCCCCCGAAACCGGGAUCGCCUCUUGUGGCUGUCAGAGGAAACCAGCGGCAGCGAACCAGCAGCAGCAGCAGCACCACCGCCAGAAGUAACAACAGCAACAGCAACAGCAGCAGCAGCAGCGGCGGCGGCGGCAGCAGCAGCAGCAGCAGAAGCGACGAAACCAGCCCUCUCCCCUAGCACAAUGCAAGGGGCUGCAGGGUGGAGCGACAGCAGCAGCGGCGAAGGCGAAAGCCCUGGAGGAGAUGCAGGCCCCAGGGGCCCCCCAGGAGGUCCCCCAGGUUUGCAGAACAGCACAAUCUUCCAAGCCCUGAGCCAACAAGUGCUUUGCAUUCAAGGCUACUACGCGAAAGAAUUCGAGUCCCUGGCCUCCCCGCGCCCGCUGCUGCUGCCGCCCCCCAUUUCUGCAGCAGCAGCAGCAGCAGCAGCAGCAGCGGCAGCAGCGGCAGCAGCGCCGUGCCCGCUGCUCUCCCGAGAUGGCUACUGCAUGCUAUCGGCCUGCCCGUACAGCCACCUGGGCUUCUACCGGCACCACCAGCUGCAGCAGCAGCAGCAGCAGCAGCGGCAGCGGCAGCAGCAGCAGCAGCUGCUGCUGCUGCAGCAGCAGCACGAGGACGAGGAAGAAGACGACCGCAACAAGUGGCACCCGAGAGCAGCAGAACUUUCCCCUCGCCACGGAAAUGCUCUUCCUUUGAAUCCAAAAGAAAUUCUUUUCAGAACUUCUGCACUUUUGCAAGACAAAGAACUCACUCUUAUUCGAGUACCCCCGGAACAGUUUUACACGGACGUCUACUGCGGGGGCCGCCUGAUGCGGGUUUUGGGCUAUUCGACAAUAAACUGGUUUGAAGAAACAAUUGCAAGAAUGGAGAAGGCCGAGAGCGCCGCCUCAGGCACGCAAGCAGCGGCAGCAGCAGCAGCAGAAGCAGAAGCAGCAGCAGCAGCAGGAGGAGAAGCAGCAGCAGCAGCAGGAGCAGCAGCAGGGGAGGAGGGGCUCGCUGCCACGCUGUGCAAGCCCUGCCGCUACGCAGAGAAGAUCAAAACUCUGGCGAGGCUCGUGCAGAAGCUGCUGCUGCAGGCGCGAGAGCAGCAGCAGCCGCGCUUUUGCUCCUACUUCGUAUACUUGCAGCUGCGGCGGUGGCUGGUGCGGCUGCGGGACCGAACGCUCCUAGACCUGCACCCCUGCCCCUUCAAGAGGCAGUGCCACAUCGAGACUAUUCCAACUCUUCAUGCUGCUCUCCACCAGCUUGAGAAAGGCGCGUUCUUGCUGGGCCCCCAGUACGGCCGGCAGCAGCAGCAGCAGCUGCUGCUGCAGCAACAGCAGCAGCAGCAGCAGCUGCUGCUGCAGCAGCAGCAGUUUUUCAGCUUGCCUCCCCCUUGUCAGCCCGGAGAGCCGCCGGGUCCCCGCAUGUCCCUCCCUGAGCUGCGCGCAGCAGCAGCAGCAGCAGCAGCAGCAGCAGCCCGGGGGGCCCCGCCGCUGCCCGCGCUGCUGCGGCACCACGCGGGGGCCCUCAAAGAAGCCCGGGGGGCCCUCGACUCUCCCCGAGGCAGCGAAGACACUGACAGCUUUUUUUGUGGCAGCGUCGUGGCAGAAGAGGAGUUUUUGGGUUCCCUCAGGGUCACCGUCAGCAGCAGCAGCAGCAGCAGCAGCAGCAGCAGCAGCAGCAGCAGCAGCAGCAGCAGCAGCAGCAGCAGCAGCAGCAGCAGCAGCAGCAGCAGCAGCGGCGGCGGCUGGCCGCUCAAGACCUACGCCGUUGAAGACCUGCAGCUGUGA